CCCCAUUAAAUAUCGAUUAUCUGAUUGAUUAUGCGGAGGGACUAUCAAACUUGAAAUUUUCUUUUACAACUUUACUAACUUUCUCUGUUUCAAUGGAAGGUUUCUCCAGUAGACCACUUUUCCGGUUCCUCACUCAGCCUAAUGUCGUAUCUACGAUUAAUUCUAUAACCGCUGAUAGUAUAUUUGACUACUAUAUGAGAGAAGGGCUAAACAGCGAUUUUUCGCAACUAUAUCAUAUGCUAGCUAAGGAUUUAGAAGAAGUUCUCAAAUCCAAUUUCUUUAAUGAAGAUAUAACACGUGUUUUGAGGGAUAUUAAUGUCAAUUGGGAGGUGAGCAAACAUUUUGUGAUUGCGGUCGCUCAUAUGAUCCUGAUCGGUGGCAACUUGGGGAUUGCGGUCACUCAAGUUUGGAAGUCCGGGAUUGCGACAUGGAAAAAACAACGCAUUCAAGCUUACAAACAUGAAAAAGAGAUCAACAAACAGAAGACCCACCGCGAAAUUCAGUUUCAAAUGAGCACCACAAAAUACCAAAAAGGUGUUGCCACAGUUGUCGAAGCGGAGAUUGACGAGUGGACCAAAGAAGCGGUAAACAAGCGACCUCAUGAUGAUAACGAAUCACAAGAUCCAUCACUUAUUGAGAGUGACCUAAUAGAAUUUGAAAAAAUGACAGAUAAGUCAUGUUCGAAACCUCUUGAAAUACUUUCAACGGGGUCAUUUGUUGAUUUGAGGCAGGGAGGUUGUUAUUACUUGGAUAAAACCCACUUUAUCCAUAAAAUAGAGGAUCUCAAGACUCAUGCCAUUCUCUCUCUACGUCCUCGCCGUUUUGGAAAAACAUUAUUCCUCUCCACCUUGUCCUCAUAUUAUGAUAUAAAAAACAGAGAUCGAUUUGAACAACUUUUUGGCGAUUUAUACAUUGGAAAAAAUCCCACACCAUUAGCAUCGUCAUUUCUUGUUCUUGAACUCAAUUUUUCUGGACUCCGCACCAGUACAACAUAUAAUAUCUUUGAUGAGGAUUUUCACCGAAGUUUGAAUAUAUUUAUGUCGGAGUUCAUGUAUCGAUAUCAACAGGAGUUGGGACAACAUUUUCAAAUUUAUGAUGAAAAUACAAAUGCUUUGGCAAAUUUUUCGAACUUACUGAAGGCGGUGCGGUUGAGUGAGCACAAGCUCUACGUUUUCAUUGAUGAAUAUGAUGCGAGUAUGAAUGAAACUCUUAAAAACAAACCCAUUUUCCAAGAUCUUACUAAUCACAAAAAGGAAGGUGACUCUGUUAAAAGCAAAAUUGAAUUAAUUGAAAGUUCGUUCAAACAAUUCUACAGUCGUCUGAAGACUGCUUGCGAUAAAGGCAUUGCCUAUGUUUUUCAAACUGGCGUAACCCCUAUUGUUAUGGCCGAGUUCACUUCAGGAUUUAAUAUUUCAACAGACUUGGCACUAAGAGAAGAAUUUUGGAAUCUGUAUGGGUUCAAGAAGUCAGAAGUAGAAGUCCUCUUAGAAAAUAUUUCUGAAAAUGGUUUUCCAAAUGACAUUAAAAAUGGAAUAAUCAAAUGGUUGGAAAAUGAAUAUGGGGAUAUUAUUUUAACCCUGAUCAAAAAGAAUGUAUAUUCAAUACCGCUUCUUCGAUUUCCUCCUGAUCCACACACAUUGCCCUCUCAAACAACACUGGACUUAAUUGUAGACAACCCCUUGGGUAAAUCAAUACUUACUGAAGCGAUCGGACAAUUUUCUCUUGAAUCUAAAAAUGGUAUCGAACAACGAUUUCGACUUGCGAACAUUCGUGAACUGGCCACAGAUCUUUUCGGAUUCCGAAUAAUAUUUCAAAAAGAGAAUUCAUAG